AUGGGUUCAGCCGACGUUUAUCGACCCCAUCAACGUGAGAGGUCGCGUUCUCCACGCCGACGUUCUCGCAGCCCUCGUCGAAGCCGCCGUUCCUACUCUCCACGCAGCCGUUCCCGCAGCCGUGAAGACUACCGUCGUAACGACCGGCGAUCGAGAUCACCUAUGAGCGGGGCAGCUGGCACUUCUGGUGGUUAUCCAGGCUCUGGAUACGGAGGACGAAGUGGUGGUCCGCCUACUCGUUCCUACGAAGAUCGUGCGUUCGCCAAAGAACAGAUGAUGCAGGCUGUUCGCGAGUCUUCCCAACAAGACCGCCGUGUCUAUGUUGGAAAUUUGUCAUACGAUGUCAAAUGGCAUCAUCUUAAAGAUUUCAUGAGACAGGCCGGAGAGGUUCUCUUUGCCGAUGUCUUGUUACUUCCCAAUGGAAUGUCGAAGGGCUGCGGGAUUGUGGAAUACGCAACGAGGGAGCAAGCUCAGAAUGCCGUUGCGACGCUUAGCAACCAGAACCUCAUGGGAAGACUUGUUUAUGUUCGCGAGGAUCGUGAGGCGGAACCCCGAUUCACUGGACCUCCCCACCGAGACGCCGGAGGCGCCGGCCGCGGUGGUUUUGGCGGAGGUUACGGAUCAUUUGCAAGCCGUCAAAUUUAUGUCAAUAACCUUCCAUUCAAUGUUGGCUGGCAGGAUCUGAAGGAUCUUUUCCGCCAAGCCACACAGCAAGGUACCGUUGCACGUGCUGAUGUGCAUCUCGAUCCAAAUGGACGCCCGAAAGGUUCCGGAAUAGUUGCAUUUGAGAACGUGGAGGAUGCACGCAAUGCUAUUCAACAGUUCAAUGGCUAUGAAUGGCAUGGUCGAACUCUGGAGGUACGUGAAGAUCGUUUCGCAGGUUCCACUCCAGGUGGAUUUGGGGGUCGGGGUGGUUUCGGCGGCUUCGGCGGCCGUGGUGGUUUUGGCGGUGGUCGAGGUGGGUUCGCUGGUCGUGGCGGCUAUGGCGGCUAUGGCGGAAGAGGUGGGUUUGGAGGGGGUUAUGGCGGCGGAGCUGGUGGUUUUGAUGGCGGUGCCUCCAUCCCCCCGAACCCAUUUACAGAUUUUGCAACCUACGGUGGAGAACGGAGUGCCACUAUCUACGUCCGCAAUUUGCCAUGGUCGACCUGCAACGAGGACUUAGUUGAGUUAUUUUCUACGAUCGGCAAAGUGGAACGCGCCGAAAUCCAGUACGAGGCAAAUGGCAGAUCACGCGGUACUGGUGUCGUCCAGUUUGAUACAGUUGAGAACGCAGAGACUGCAAUCAGCAAGUUUACAGGCUACCAAUACGGAGGUCGUCCUCUCGGCCUGACAUUUGUCAAGUACCUGAAUGCCAACUCCGGCGAUGCCAUAGACGCUACCGCAGACCAACCCUCCGGUAUUACCCAGGAUCAAAUCAUGUAA